AUGGCAAAGUGGGGUGAAGGUGAUCCACGAUGGAUCGUAGAAGAACGUGCGGAUGCCACGAACGUCAACAAUUGGCACUGGUCUGAGAAGAACGCAACCCCGUGGUCGAAGACACGUAUCACAGAUCUCCUUGAAGGUCUCAUAAUUGAGGAUGGUCCUAUUUGUGUGAAAUUAGAGGCAAUCAAAUCCAUAGAGGGUGAAGCAACCGCAAAUAACCGUAAAGCAAAAUUGAUCUUUUUGUACGAAUGGGAUAUUAAAAUCGGGUUCGUAGGAUGUGUAUCUGGUUCGGAUCUUGAGUAUAAAGGAACUUUAGAGAUUCCAAAUCUUAGUGACGAGAACGACGCUAGUGAAAUUGAUGUUAAUGUUAACAUUGACACAAAAGGGCCGCAUGAUGCAGCGAUCCGUCAGCUCCUGAACAAAACUGGGACAGCGCACAUUCGGGCUGCUUUGGCUACGUACAUUCGCGAACUCAAGGAGGAAUUCAGUAAAGGAUUAAUUCUCCCUACUGAUAAAGUUAAACCACAGGUAGUAGCGAAAGGAAAAACUACCGUGAUUGACAAGAAAAGCUUCCAAAACAUGGUGAUAACUGAUGAAAAGGGUGACGUACCAAGCAUAGCUGAGAAAUUUGAUGUGAAGUCCGUGGAAGUGAGCGAGUCGUUCAAAGUUCCUCCCGAUCGCUUAUAUGAAGUCCUCAGCGAACCAACUUUGGUUCGCGCUUGGGCCAACGGCAACAUUGAGUGGGACUUCAAGGAAGGCGGGAAAUUCACACUCUUUGGCGGCACAGUGACAGGGACAUUUGAAAAAAUUACGCCAAACGAGGAGAUUUCGAUGUUGUGGCGACUGAAAGCGUAUCCUGCCAAUCAUUACGCGAAGAUGACGUUCACACUGAAAGAUGAGAGCGAUUCUACCUCUCUUUUGGUGAAAGCCGAAGGUGUUCCUUCUCAUAUGGCCGACGAGACUAAAAAUGGUCUAACUCGAUAUUACCUCUCAUCCAUUGCUCGCACAUUCGGUUUCAUAAAACAUCUCGAAAUAACAUCAAAAUUCAAUGUACUUACUGUCACUUGUGGUGGACAACCAGAGAAGCUGCCAAUUUCGCCCCUCAAAUACGAUCCUGAUGAUCCGUCAACGUUCCCACCUUCACAACGAAGUGAUGAUGGAAAGGCAAAGAAAAGCAAGGAAAGCAGGGAGAAGAAAGGUAGUAAAGGAAAGAAACCGCCAAGUCCUCCUAUAGCUGCAAAUUCGAUGAUGAACCCGCCUAAAACACUUCUUCGAGAAGCGAACGAUAUGGAGACUGUGAACGAUAUGCGCAGCGCAUGGGGUGCCGUGCAAGUGCAACCACCUCCUGAUCUUGGUGCCGCUAAUAACAAACUUUCUUUCCUAAAAUUCUCUAGUGCUUUUCUUGCAUGCUAA